AUCAAGAUAUAAGAUAUGUCAAACAAAAAUGUUAUAAAAAAAAUGGUUAUGUGGUUAUGUUAAAAUGUUAAUAUACUGGAGUAUUUAAGAGAACUGAUAAAUUAUUAUAACCGGUGAUUUGUGGCGAUAUUAAAUUAAUAUACGUACUACAAAUAUCAAAUUUAAAAAUGAACAGCGUGGGUGCGGAAGUGGGACAAAAAAUGCGAUCGGCUAUUAAGGCCAAGCUGCUAGAAUUACACUGUUAUGUUGAUGAUGAGUUACCAGAUUACAUAAUGGUAAUGGUAGCAAACAGAAGAACCAAAGCCCAAAUGAAUGAAGAUCUGUAUUUAUUUUUAAAUGAAAAAACCUCCCCCUUUGUCGACUGGCUUCAUAUUGUCCUGAAGAAGCUGAAAGAAGUAACUGUAACAAAUCCAGAGGUGUAUAAGAAAGUAGCUAAACGGAAGUCAAGUGAAGAGCCAGAUACUAAAAUAAAAAAAGAGAAAUUCAAAAAAUACUCUGAAAAUGUUAAAAGCGAAUCGAAUAGUCCCAAAAGAGGUACACCACAAAAUAAUGCAGAUGAGGAGACGAGCAAUACUGAGUUUAAUACUUCAAUAUUCUCUGAAAUGAAUUCUACUGCGGCUAAAGAUCUUGAAGAAAUUGAGAGAAAAAUCAGAAAUGUCAAGAGUAGGUUAGGAAUUACAGUCGAUAGUGAUGUAGAUGAGGAAAUGCUCCUUAAAUUAAAAACAGAACAAGUCAAGUCUGAAACAACUGUUGAUAAAGAAAAUUCAGUAGAAAGAGAAGUUGAAUUGCAGAUAGAAGAUCAAACGAGUGAUCCCAUGGAUGAUUCUGACCACCAAACCAGCUACACACCCGAAAAACCCAAAAGACCAUCUCCAAUCACAUUUGAAAAGGAAGACUUUUCUACAACGCCCCCUAGAAAGAGCUCAGUGCUAUCGAGGUUAGGAAAAAGGGUUUCUUCUACAAGUGAGACUGAUUCAAAGAAAAGGAGAUUAAGUUUUUCUGAUUCAGAGUUUAAAAGUCGGAAGCGGGGAUCGGAUAGACAUAGUUCUAAGGAUGAAAAGAGACAUAAGAGGUCUAGAAAUGACAGAGAUAGGAGUGAUGGAAGAAGAUCAGAUGACAAGAGGGGGUCAAGAAGUAAAAGGGAUGCAAUUGAGUCUGAAGAAGCUCGCAGACGAUCAGAUAAGAGUGUUCAUAGUAGGCUUGGUGUAAUGUCAAAGAUUCAUGUUCCGGAGAGACCCUCCGAAGAACCGGAAACUGAAGACGAAUUGAGAAGUAGAGCAGUACGUAGCAUGGUUAAAGUGAAACCUAGAACACUACCGGCAGUUUCAUCACAACCUAAUAAGAAUCUUCUCCUGAAAGCGGUAGCAGAAGCUAACAAGAGCGUAUCGGAGAAAACCAGUGCGAGUUCUAAGACUUUUUCAAGACUAUCGGAAGACUCUAGUGACGAUGUACCUAGUACACGGAAGUUAUCAAAACGAUCAAAAAGCAAAAUCAGAAAUAUUAUACUUGCUCAGGUUUCGAAAGACGAGAGCGAUACUAACGACGAAGAAAAGGAAUUCGAGUAUGUCCCUAAGCCAAUUAAGAGAAGGCAUUCCGAUGAUCUUCCCGAAUAUGUUCCUUCCCCCAGAAAAUCGAUAGAAGUGUUGCGAAUGUAUAGAAAAAGACUAAGAAAGCUCCUGAAGUAUUACACACCACCAGCUAAACGUAAAAAACGUAAAAAAGUAAAGAAAGUCAGGAAAUAUAACCCACAACCAGCUAUACCUAGCCAUUAUGGUACAUUACCUAUGACGAGAGCUCAUCAGUCACAAGUAGACAUAGACAUGGUAGAUACUACGCAGGAUUGGAUAUGGAGGACCCUAGAGGACAUGGAGGCUCCUAUGAAACAACAGCAACAACAAAUAGACAUUGUAGAUCCUAUGGAUGAUUGGAUAUGGAGGACCAUAGAGGAUAUGGAGGAUCCUAUAAAACAACAGCAACAGAUAGUACAAAUUCCGCUCCCAUCUCCAUUUUUCCCACCGCUCCCAGCAUCUCCGCCAUCACCAUACUCACCUUCUCAAUCUGUUUCUCAAGAAUUCAUGCAAGACCAGGAUUUGAGUAUGCCACUGUUGGUAGUGCCCGGUGCAAGAGUUUCAAGUUAUAGUACAUCACCUACAACAGUAGCUCUUCAGCCACAAUUAGGCAUGGAUCAUCCUAUGACACACCAGCAACAGAUAGUACAAACUCGAUCUCCGCCGCCGCCAUCGUCCCCGCCACCGUUUGCACCAUCGACCGCACCACCGCUACCGCCACUGUCACCACCACCUCUAUCCCCAACGUCACUAUCACUGCUAUCACCACUGCACCUACCACCGCUAUCGCCACUGCACCCACAACCGCUAUCGCCACCGUCCCCACCAUCGCUCCCACUACCGUUAUCGCCCUCACUACAGCCCGCGCCAUCGCCCACACCAACGCUAUCGCCGUCGUCCCCACCAUCGCUCCCACUACCGUUAUCGCCCUCACCACAGCCCGCACCAUCGCCCCCACCGCCGCUAUCACCAUCGCUAUCGUCACCUCCCCCACCACCGGACUCGUCACCGUCCACACCAUCGCCCUCACUAACGCUAUCGCCACUGUCCACACCAACGAUAUCGCCAAUGUCCCUAUCACCACUAUCGCCACUGGACCUACCAACACUCUCGCCACUGCCCCCACCACCGCUAUCACCACCGCCCCCACCACCGGACUCUUCCCCGUCCGCACCAUCCCCCACACUAACGGUAUCGCCACUGCCCCCACCACUGCUAUCGCCAUCGCCCCCAUUACCACUAUUGCCACCGCCCCCACCACCGGGCUCGUCACCGUGCGCACCAUCAUCCACACUAACGCUAUCACCACUGCCCCCACUACCUCUAUCGCCACCGCCCCCACUACCUCUAUCGCCACCGCCCCCACUGCCUCUAUCGCCACCGCCCUUACCACCGCUAUCGCCACCGCCCCCACUACCACUAUCGCCACCGCCCCCACUACCCCUAUCGCCACCGCCCCCACUACCCCUAUCGCCACCGCCCCCGCUACCCCUAUCGCCACCGCCCCCACCACCGCCUGCACCAUCGCCCCCACCACCGCUAUCAUUACCGCCCCCACCACCGGACUCGUCACCGUCCACACCAUCGCCCCCACUAACGCUAUCGCCGAUGUCCCUAUCACCACUAUCGCCACAUUCGCCACUGGACCAACCACAGCUAUCGCCACUGCCCCGACCACCGCUAUCGCCACCGCCCCCACCACCGCUAUCGCCACCGCCCCCACCGCCUUCUCCUCUCCCGCCUGCACCCCCUCGUCAUAUUACCGGAGAAUAUAUUAUGCAAGAGCAGCAUUUGAGUAUUUCAGUAUCGGUAGUGUCUGGAAGUACAUUAAGUAAAGAAAGUCAGGAAUGUAUCACACGACCAGCUGAAGAGCCAUCACAGGUACUUAACCGUUAUUCUCCCAAUUAUCCCAUCCGCCAUCCACGCCGUGCUGGUGAAAGGGGUGCACGUUGUGGUUCAUUGCCUAUGAGAGGAGCUCAUAGAAGAAGAUAUAGAGAAGAGCAGCAUUUGAGCAGCACAAGAGCUCACAGGAGAAGAUAUAUGGAAGAACAGCAUUGGAGUAUGUCACGUACCAAUAUCAUGUCCUUAAGAUUGUGGGAAAACACAUGUGAUAACGUCAGUAGAACCCCUGGUUUUAUUUUUACUUUAAUGUCAUACAAUGUUCUUGCUCAAGAUUUAGUGGAACUACAUCCUUAUCUUUACAAGGAGCAUGACUCAGCAGCAUUGUCUUGGCCUACAAGGUGGAAAAAUCUAUUUGAAGAAAUUUCUAAGUUUAAACCAGAUAUUCUUUGCCUUCAAGAAGUACAAGAAUCCCACAUUGCUGAUUAUUAUUCAACUCUGAAGAUUUUGGGUUACGAUGGUAUUUUCAAAAAGAGAACAGGUGGCCAAAGCGACGGUUGUGCUAUCUAUUACAAAUCAGACAAAGUUGAAAUGCUAGACUAUACUUUGGCGCAGUUUUACCAGUCUGACAUAGCUGUAUUGAAUAGAGAUAAUGUAGGCAUUGUUGCAAAAUUUGUACCAAAAUUGCAUCCCAUGAGAGAAUUUGUUGUGGCAACCACUCAUCUUCUAUACAAUCCUCGCAGGCAUGACGUGAGGAUGGCACAGAUGCAUCUACUCAUGACCGAUAUUGAGAAAAUGAGUUACAAAAAUGAUAAAGGGAACAUACAUUACUUACCUAUAAUACUUACCGGUGACUUCAACUCUCCACCGCACUCUGACUUAUACGAAUUUAUUACACACGGUAAUAUUAAGUAUGAACAUUUAGCAGAGCCGCUUAAAACACCUGGUGAUCAUAGGAAACAGCAACUUGUUACUUCUUCUUUGGGGAUCACAGACAGUAGCCAAUAUUUAAGAGAACUUCAACAAAGGCUCAAAGAGUGUACGAUUAUAGAGUUAACCAAAGAUAAAGAUGAUUCGAAACAAUGUGAUAAAUCAAUCCAGAACAAUAAUAAGUAUAAGAAAAGUAAAAGCUUGUCACACAAUUUUGGUUUAAAAUCGGUGUACAAGCAUGGAUCUGGACCAACUGCAGAAGGAACUACUCAUCAAGACGAAUGGUUGACUGUAGACUACAUAUUUUACAGCAUAAAGAAGAAAGAUAAGGUCCAAAGUGAUAAAUUACAACUCCUGUCAAGAUACAGAUUACCCUCAUGUCAAGAGUUACAAGGUGUACGAAUACCAAACUCUUAUAUAGGAUCCGAUCAUUUAUCCCUUAUUGCGAAAUUCAAGUUAGAAUUUUGACCAGUGAUACUAUUUUUUACGAAAUAUAUUUUCCUGUUGAUA